GUCAGCGCCAUGUCCGGGUCAAAGGGGCGCUGUGCCCUUGAUACUUUCUAUAUAUUCCCUCUCCCGACGCCCUGAAGAUUUUUUGGAGCUAGGGAAAAGUCUUUCUUGAUUGCAUCACGUUGGGCGCCAGACUCGUGUAAUUGCAUUCAUCCAUAGUCGCACACCACCCACGGCCCGCUGCCUCUUCCCGUCCAACUCUCCUUGUGUCACUUCACUCCUGACUUUGCUCCACUUGCAAUUUCAGUACGCUGCUGUCCCACGUCAGCCUUGACAUGAGCACAACUUCAUAACACUCAUCUCCGCGCCUCUCACCGCCCACGACUCUUGGUACCCAACAUGCCCCUGCUUCCCACCAGCAUACUUUGACCGUCCUAUACAAAAUCAAAUACACCAUACAUAUUGAAGAUUGAUGGAAGCACACAAGAGCUCAGUGGCGGUGUUGGCCGGAAGAGGCGGGCUGCCCAAUACAAUUCUCAUGGAAGAGGCACAGCGUCCUGCUGCAGCACAUGUAACUAGCAGCGGAGAAGAGGCCUUAAAGGACAUUCUGUGCGGAUCAACGGCCGGAAUCGUUGGCAAGUACAUCGAGUACCCCUUCGACACGGUCAAGGUCCGUCUGCAGUCUCAGCCAGAUACGAUACCGCUCCGGUACACAGGGCCGUUGGACUGCUUCAAGAAGUCACUACAGCACGACGGGUUUCUGGGAAUAUAUAGAGGUAUUAGUGCGCCUCUGGUUGGGGCUGCAGUGGAAAACAGCGCCCUAUUCUUCAGCUAUCGCAUAGCGGGAGAUGCUCUGAAAGCUUCAGGUGUAUACCCAGAGUUGAAGAGGCAUCCUGAACGAGACCUGCCGUACUUGGGCAUGCUCUGGUGUGGCAUGGUCGCUGGGGCAAUCACUUCGUUGUUUCUGACUCCCAUUGAACUUGUCAAGUGUAAGAUGCAAGUUCCUGUAGAAAGUCCCGGCACUAUAGUUGCUACUCCAACAAUUCGAGGGGUCAUUGCCUCGAUCUAUCGCCACCAAGGCCUUUCCGGCUAUUGGCACGGUCAGCUGGGAACCUUGAUUCGAGAAACAGGAGGCGGCGCGGCAUGGUUUGGUGGCUAUGAGGGCAUGAAGAUCAUCUUCAAGGGAAUCAACGGAUCGACCAAAGACGAGGAUCUCCGUGUGUGGCAGCGCAUGGCUUCUGGUUCUGUUGCUGGCGGCGCAUACAACUUUAUGUUCUAUCCUGCCGACACGAUCAAGUCACGAAUGCAGACAGCAGACGUCAAGCACCUGACGGGCGGAAAAUCGAGUUUCACCGCAGUGGGCAAGGUGCUGUGGAAACAACACGGCAUUAAGGGUAUGUAUCGCGGAUGCGGUAUCACGGUCGCAAGAUCGAUCCCCAGUUCUGCUUUCAUCUUCACUGUGUAUGAGGAGCUGAAGAAACGAUGGCCCAGCCGGGGGCUCGCUCGCAUCGUCAGCUGGCGAUCUCUCGCCGGCGUUUUGUCGCAAUCGCAGACGAACGUACAACGCUCUUUUAUACCCCUACUGUCUACACGUGCAGUCGAAGACGGCAUAUACUCACAUUACCGCCGCCAUGGACCAACUACACGCUCUCCAUGUAUGUCGCCCGCUGCGCUCGAGAAGAUUGCUCUGGAUCCAAAAUACCACGAUGUCCUUACACUGGUGAAAGGCGUGAGGAACGGUAUCGUGUAUGGAAGUAAAGUGCGGUUUCCACACGCACUCGUAAUGAUCUUCCUCUUCAGAUCAGGAAGCUUCCGCUCAAAAUGCCUCCUCGUCUACAAAGCAACCCGCCAACACGCCCGCAACCUCGGCCUCUUCGCCCUCGUCUACAAAACCACAAUGCUCCUCCUGCGGAACACGUCGCCCAACGGCAAAGAGCGCCAAUACGAUUCCUUCUUCGCGGGCCUCCUCGGUGGGUACACCGUCUUCGGCCGCACAAUCCACAAUUCCGUCUCGCAGCAAAUCGUCAUCUACGUCGCUGCACGUGUGUGUCUUGCGCUGGCCAAGCUGGCCGUGCAGCCGCGAGAGGUCGGUAGUGGAGGGGGCAAACAUGCGGGGGUCAAAGGGUGGGAGUUAUUUGGGAAUGGGGAGAUGAGGCGCGCGCUGGUGCGGAAUGGGUGGCCGGCUUUUGCGAGUCUGAGUUGGGCCAUGGUCAUGUAUAUUUUUAGGUGGCAUCCUGAGAGUGUGCAGAGUAGUCUCAGGAGUAGUAUGAGUUAUAUUUACGUGCAGUCAGACGACUGGGAUUCGCUACGGACGCUGUUGUGGCAUAAUAAGUAAAUGGGAACAGGAAGGGUGGAAUGGGUUUUUAAACAUAGGGGUUUUUUCG